ACCAGACCCCUUUGCUUUUACUGUAAUCGAAAUAAAAUUGUAUUGUUGUGCUGUCAGACUGUAGAAUUUGAAUCAGUAAUAAUAUUGCUGUAUUGACAAAGACAACAAUUCUGAGUUGCACAAUAAACUAAAAAAUAUCUAGACACAAUCUUGGAAUCGUAGAGCUGUGCCAUACUCUAUUCCAAUUGUUUUUUAGUCUUAAUGUAAGAUUUAAUAAAAUUAAUUAUUGGGAACAUUUACAUGGAUAUUCAGGAUGUCGGCUCAAAGAUCACUCUUUCUACAUUGCAAGGAAGGAAAUUUGAGUGAAUUAAAACACAUCGUAGAAGUUAAAGAUAUUGACUUAAACGUGAGGGAUGGUUGGGACAGCACCCCCUUGUAUUAUGCUUGCCUAUGUGGUCACAGAGAAAUCGUGGAAUACCUUCUCCAGAAUGGUUCAAAAUGUGAAGCCAGUACGUUUGACGGGGAAAGAUGUCUGUAUGGGGCGUUAACAAAUGACAUUCGGAAUCUAUUACGGAAUUGGAAGCAAAUUCAUUCCACCGGAAAAAAACGAGAUCGGCAUUAUGAAUUACUGAGGCAUAUGCUCGAGGAAGAAAAAUUGUGCAAAGAUAUUUUAUUCAAUGUUCAUGGUGUUGAAAUAAAUGCUCAUCGCUGUGUAAUCGCAGCACGGUCCCAUUUUUUCUCGGAAGCACUUUCCACACAUUGGAAAAAUCGUUCAACAGUUGCGCUGAAGCAUGAAAAAGUCACCUCAGAUGCUUUCCACGCAAUUCUACAAUUUUUAUAUCUCGGGAGGGUCGAUAUAAAACGAGAAAUAGUCGAUGACGUGAAACGGCUUGCGCAUUAUUGCAAUUUACAACAUUUGUCCGAAGAGAUUCUCUCUGCCGAUACCAGAAUGUCAGAAUUGUUUCGCCUGAAGCCGAACAUGAGUUGUAGAGUGAAAAUCGUGACAGUAGAGAGUGAAACAAGUUUUGCGCGCUUGGCAACCGAUUUGCGUUAUCUUGCAGAAUCUACACUUCCAAGCCGAUUACGAAGUUGGAUUGAGGUUCUCCCAUUUCCAGAAUAUGAUAAAAGGCCUUCGUUUUAUCCUGAUGUAUGUGUUGAAGUGGAAGGAGAAAUAUUCAACUGCCAUAAGGUUUUCUUAUGCGGACGUAGCGAUUAUUUCAAAGCUCUUUUGACUGAUCAUUUUCAGGAGAACAAAUCGAGUACAUCGGCAUCGUGUCCGAUAAUCAAACUUUGCCAUCUAACGCCGGAAAUCUUCAAAAAUAUCAUCAUUUAUAUUUACUCUGAGAUCUGUGAUUUUCACUCUUUAAAUGAUGCCAUGGAUGUGCUUCCAGUAGCUGACAUGAUGCUUUUAACUGGUUUGAAACGCAAGUGCGGGAACGUACUAUCUCAACAUAUGACGGAAAAUAAUAUCGUAGACAUGUAUCGAUGCUCACAGAUGUUCAAUCUACUAAAUUUAGAAGAUUAUUGCGUGGAGUUCAUGGCAAUUGAACUUGAAUCAUUAGUGGAAUCGGAAGAGUUCAUUGAAUUGGUGGUGGAGGAAGCUAAUUUGGUUCAGUGCAGAGAAGAGACAGACUCGAUACCUCUCAUUGAUGAAAUAAGGCACCACAUUACAGAUGCUACUUCAACGUAUGGUCAGAUGCAGCAGAGUUGUGCUAAGCUGAUGAAGUUGGACGCCAUGCUGGCAAGACUAGGGUUGGAGUGUUGAGUGACAUUCAUGUAAAUAUAAUAAGAAAUAGAAAGAUGCGCAACUCGUGAAAAGCAAAUGAUAUGGGCUAACACAGGGCUUAUCAAACUUUCAAGCUCGCGACCUCUCCCAAUAUGUUAAAAUUUUGUGCAGCCCCUGUUAUGUAUUCUUAUACACGUUGAUUCUCCUACCCUAUGUAUUCCCUUCAAAUUGUGAGAUUAAUGUUUUGCAUUAGUUUUAUUAAUUGUGCUUCGAAUCAGUUCCAAGAAGUACAAUGAAUAUAGUACUCCAUGUUAAAUUGGUGUCCACUUUGCGACACCCAAAUUUGUUGUGUGGCCUCUUGUAGGGUGGGGCCCCCUAUAUUUGAAAGCCCUGAUUAACCCUGAUGCACCAAGAUGGCGCACAACCUGAACAUGGUAGGUGUGUACCGGUUAGGAUUCAGGCUGUGUGACAUCUUGGUGCACAUACUGGAGCAUCUAAAAUGUUUAGGAUAGCAGUGUAGCUUUCGAAAUGCAGGGUGAUCCAAAAGAACAGAAAUCAUCUAGAUCAGUGGUGUUCAAACUGUGGGGCUUGUCCCCCAAGGGGGGUGUAAACAAUUUUUCACGGGGGUUGGUAGCUAAUAGACAAUGAAAAUAUUUGUUAGAUUCGAUCCUACCCGCUUUAUUCACGUUCCAUCCACGUAUUUCCAACUUGUUUUUCGAAUAAAACCUACUUUUGACUUGACCAUCUGUUAUUUGUUAGUUAGUUAAUAUUAAGGUUGGGCGCGAGACAUAACAAAUUCUGAAAAGGGGGCGAGGCCCAAAGUUUGAGAACCACUGUGCUAGAUAGAACUUUUGUGCAUUCUAGGUUAAUUUGGGCGCAAUCUUACACACAGUUCAACUGUUAAAUAUUUUUUCUUUAUUUUUGUAAAAGCAAUUAGGAAACGUAUGGUUCUGUUUGUUUGGGUGACGCUGUAUAAAAUAUAUUAUACCUGCCUGUUUAUAUAUAUCGCCCGCUAUAACAUAUGCAUAUUAAAGGAUCAUUUACUUAACAUGCCUUCUUACCUAUUGAUUAAGUAGAUUGAUUAUUUUUCAACGUUUGUGAUUAUUUUUAUGUUUAAUCCUACAUUAUUAAAGUUCCCCCGACUGCCUCUAAACUUAGGGAUUUUUCAUAAUGUAUUUUGCACAUAUGUACAAAUAACAUGGCAUUUAUAAUCUCAGUAAUUCUCUAUAAUUCAGAUGUUUCUAUUCGAUCAGACAUAGUGGGGCGUCGUCCUAACUUUGCACGGAGAUAUGGCUUUCUGUUUGCUGGUGUGCGUAACUUUGCUUUGAGCAAUUUUCUUAUAAAAACAUCUAUUACAGCAAAUGCCAUUCAUAUGCUAGUACCGGUAACUACUAUUUUUAGACAGACCUGAAUUUUCCCAGCUCUUGCCCAAUUAUGGGAUUUGGACCUAAAUCUUUAAUCUGCUACCCCAACAUAGUCUAACCUUCUAACUGGUGGGCCUAACUAAGAGUUGAACUGUUUCCCAGCAUCAUUGUAAGCUCUAUUCUUUAUAUUUUUGCAUAAAAAUUUGUAAAGUCAUUCUUCAAUUACCGGUACAAUAGGUUUUAGUGUUUAUAUUUGUGACAUACAUCAAUUUUUAAAAUCAGCUAUUGGUCUGCCAUUCAUUAAUCACAAUAGGCUCAAUAUGUAUCAUCGGUAUUUUGCAUGAAAAUUGAAUUUUUUGAAUUGAAAAUAGAAUUUUAUUUUUAUUUACCGGUACAAUAGGUAUUAGUGGUAUCUGAUGGUCACCUGGUGGUCUAGCAAUUGCUCUGCCAUUCAACACUUUAUGUUCAGAUCAAUUUCUAAAAUUAUAAUUCUAUUCAAGUGGUUAAAACACCAUAACCCUGAAAAUUAAAAUUACUACCAUAAAUAAAGUAAAGUGAAUAAAUUAAGUAAAUAUUACUUACUUAGUUACCAAUUAGUAGACGAUUUAUUUAGGUGAUUUUUCCACAACAACACAUUGAAAUAUGAUUCAUUGGCCCACUUCGUGUCCGAGUCAUAGACCAAUGCUGUGUGAUUGUGUCUAAUAAAUAUCUCAAAUUCUUAUUAUGAGCCAACAAGUUCCUCACAAUGUUCCUUUUUUUAAUUUGAUACCUAUGCCUUUCGCUCCGGUCAAGGCCCUAUGCAAGCAGCCCCUGAUAUUUAACGAUAUGUAAAGAUGCCUGUGGCGCAUAGUGCUGAGCAUUAUGGAUACGCUAUCCACUGCAUCCAUGAUUACUCUGCGCGGGUUCGCAGGUUCGAAUCCCAUGCGGGGAUGGUUAUGUGCGAGAGGAUUGCUGGACUCCUCGCCGCCGUAGGGUGAUUCACGUAAUCGCUGGUCGGUUUCGGCUUCGUCCACC